AUGUUUCGUCUCGCGGGGUGGCGACUGACCGCCAUCGUGGCUUCAGCGCCGCUGCUGCGGAAGAAGACGACGAAGACGACGAAGACGACGAAGACGACGACAACGACGACAGCCGACAAGACGCCGCAGGAGCCCACCGCUGCUCUCCCCGCGGCGCGGCGCAUCGGCACGGUCGUGUCGUUUAUGCACCGCCGCGGCUACGGCUUUCUCAGCGAGGCGGCGCCGCCCGCGGCAAAGAAGAAAGGCACCCGCAAGGCUGCCGCGGCCACGCCAGCGAACCCCGACGCAGCACCCGGGAGCAGUGCCUCGGCGCCCAUGUUCUUCUUCCCGCGCUCGUCGCUGGACGGCGGGUUCUAUCUGACGGAAGGGCAGACCGUGUCGUUUGACGUCCGCGUGAUGCCGCCUGGCAAAACGCUAAGCGCGCGUCUCGCGGCGGCGAAGUCUGACGCUGACGCUGACGCCGCCUCUGGCACUUCGGCAUCCGUCUCCACCGAGGCUUCCGGCGAAGCGGUAGACGGUGAACAGACGAAGCAGCUUUCCGUUGCCCACCACAUUCGCCUGUACGACGUCCGUAGCGGCAAGGAAAAGUCUGUGACGCCCAUCAUGCUCUCUGGCUACGUCGAGGGCUGGGAUCAGCUUGCCGGCACCGGCGUGAUUGCGGAGUUAGACCUCGGCGGUGGCCUGCACGACGACGCCCCCCGCUUUACCGUCAGGCUCGAGGACGUGGACCUCGGAGGGGGCGUGGAGUUGCGACGCGGCCGCUACGUGCGCUUCUGCCUUGAGGAUGGGGACCGCAAGGCUGCGCGGCGCGUCAUCAUCGACCGCGGCGCGGAGAGGCGGCACACAGACGACGCGGACUGUGCGCAUGAAGCCCGCUACUACGGCACCGUGCGGGAGAUUGUGGAGGGCCGCUUUGGUUUCAUCCUGCUCGACGACACCGGGGAGUCCGUCUUCUUUCACCUGAGCAACGCCGAGGGCGAGGGCGUGAAGCAGGGCGACACCGUCUCGUUUCUCAUGCGUGCGGUGACGCAGGGGAAGCACGCGGGGAAGCGGAGUUGCGUGCGGGUGCGGCGCUGCAGCGGGCGAGGCCCCGGCUUGCCGGCAGGGGCAGCCGCCAACGGGCCGCAGUCGCGGGCUGCGCCCGACCCCGACGACGAGGACGAGUUUGAGCUGCUGGACUGA